UGACAUUUCGUCAUUAUCCGUUACAAGGUGGUUGCGAUUAUUGGGCCUUAUUGGGCUUGGUUUCAUUAUCUUUUCGGUUGGGUAAAUUGAUCCGAAUAUGGGCCUCAUUAGGCUGGGCCCAAAACUUUCUACCCAAGUUAAUUUGGCCCAUGUCGGUACAUAGAUCCAAGUUUGUUUUCAGCCUCAGUUAUUUGGGCCUUCAUAGGGUUAGGGCACGAAAUCGGAGGCGGCGGAGUAAUGGAGAUCGGAAUGCUGGUUUACAAGAUAUACAGGGCGUUGACUUACGGUUUGUCGCCGCUGGUCCACCUCCAUGUCCGGUGGCGCAGGCUCCGAGGCCUCGAGCAUCGCUGCCGGUGGUUGGAGCGGUUCGGCCAUCCCUCCGCCGGUCGACAGUUCGGCCCGCUUGUCUGGUUUCACGCCGUGUCUUUAGGUGAAGGAAUGGCUGCCAUUCCCGUGAUCAGACACUGCCAUGAACUGAGGCCAGACUUGACGAUUCUAAUGACGACGACGACGGUAUCUGCAUUUGAAGUUAUAAAAGAUCAGCUUCCGUUUGGUGUCAUAUUUCAGUUUGCCCCGCUUGACACACCGGUGGCUAUUGACCGGUUCCUUAGUUGUUGGAAGCCAAACGCCAUAAUCAUUAUGGAGAGUGAGCUGUGGCCUAAUCUUAUCAUGAGCGCUUCAGGGUAUCAGAUUCCAUUGGCCUUGCUGAAUGCACGGAUGUCUACUAAAUCCUUCAAGCGGUGGUCAAGGCCCCUUUUUCUUCGGCUGGCUGCAUUAUUGCUUUCAAAAUUUUCUUUGAUAACCCCACUGAGUACCACACAGGCUAUACAUUUUCAGCUGCUGCAGGCGCCACCGGCCAUUAUCAAUUUCUCUGGUGACUUGAAAUAUGUUGUAAACAAAUUCCAUGUCUCUGAAGGAAUCCCCGAAAGCAUAAGAGACCUAGAAGCACAACUCUUGGACAGGAAGGUCUGGAUUGCAUCUUCAUUGCAUAGAGGCGAAGAAGAAGUGAUUUUAGGAGCUCAUGACGUGGUUACACAAUUGCAUCCAAAGGCCAUUGUCAUAAUUGUGCCCCGGCAUCCACAUCAUGGGCGAGAGGUCGUUCAACAGAAGUUGCGGGAACGUGGCCAAUGUGUAGCUUUGAGGACCCAGAAGGAAAGAAUUACAUCGAGGACAAACAUAUAUGUAGCAGAUACACUUGGUGAAUUGAGACACUUAUACAGACUAGCUCCCAUAGCUGUUAUCGGAGGUUCUUUCUUGCCAGGCUUGGCCGGUCAUAACUUAUCAGAAGCAGCAGCGGCUGGCUGUGCUAUCAUCACAGGGCAUCAUGUCGGCCAUUUCUCACACAUGGUGCGGACAAUGCAGCAAUCAAAUCCGUUGUCGGUUGUGCAGGUAAGGACGGAAGUAGAGCUAGGAGAAACCGUGAGAGAGCUCCUAAGAAGUCCUGAUGCGUUGGAAAGGCACCAGAGGGCAUCUAAACAGGUUUAUGAAGCUCUGUCAAGCUGCGUAACCACAAAACUCUGGAGUCUGCUCCAUCUCCAUCUUCUCAGCAAAAUACUGCCCUGAGCGGGUGAAUGCUGGCAACCGCUGCAGAGAGAGCGCUUGAGGACGGAAAUUAGCUUCAGUGGAAUUUUAACUUCAAACGGAGGGGAAAAGGAAACCCCGUACAGAUAUGUAAAAUAAAUAUCAUGUGUAUAUACAAACACAACGGAUACAGGACUGUUGAAAAAAGUUAAAAAGACCAACACUUUACUCA